UUCUCUUCCUCCUUCUCCUUCCUGUGCUUCCCAGUUCCCACCCAGCCAGCAGCCUUUCUCUCUCUACCCGUCUCUCUCUCUCUCUCUCUCUAACCUGGCCUCCUUCUCCAACCUUCUACUGCCCCAAUCUUCAACCGAAGACCGUUUCUUUAUUAUUGAUUAUUCACAUCUCCCAAGCAGGAAGCUUAUCCCCAAUCUCAUCCCUCUCCCCUACCCAAAACAAAAAACUAAUCGAGAAAAACCCACCUCACCACCUCCAGAAGAAAUCCAAAAUCCAAAUCCCAAACAUCCCUUUCCGAGUUCCAGAAAAGGAAAGAAGAAAACCCCAUGAAAGGGGAAUAUCUAGACCACUCACCUCAUCCUCCUCCUCCUCCGGCGAAGAAGCAUGAACCCACCAACAUGUUCUCCAAGAUCCAUUCUCACCACCAUCAGCAGCAGCACCCUUUUCCCCCACAGCACCACCACUUCCACCUCGAAGAAACUUCCGAUGAACCUACGCCGCCUCCCGCCCAACCCCCUUCCAAGGCGGAACCAACCUCGGCCGGCGACGGCGCCACCAUCGAGGUCGUGCGGCGGCCGAGGGGCCGACCACCUGGAUCCAAGAACCGGCCGAAGCCGCCGGUCAUAAUCACCCGGGAACCGUCCGACCCGCCCAUGAGCCCCUACAUCCUCGAGAUCCCCGGCGGCGGCGACGUCGUCGACGCGGUGGCGCGGUUCUGCCGCCGCAAGAACAUCGGGUUGUGUGUCCUCACGGGUUCGGGCACGGUAGCCAACGUCACGCUCCGUCAGCCGUCCACCACCCCCGGCGCCACCGUAACUUUCCAUGGGAGAUUUGAUAUCCUUUCCGUCUCCGCCACUUUUUUCCCUUAUCACGGGGCGGCGCAGCCGCCGGUUCCCAAUUCGUUCUCGAUUUCGCUCGCGGGGCCGCAGGGGCAGAUCGUCGGCGGCAUUGUGGCUGGGGGUUUGGUGGCGGCGGGGACGGUUUUUAUCAUCGGGGCGACGUUUAGUAGUCCGAGUUUUCACAGGCUGCCCGGGGUAGAUGAGCAGGAGGGGAGGAGCUCCGGAUCCGCCGGCGGCGGAGGCGGUGGUGGUGGAGAAGCGACGGCAUCACCGGCGGUUUCGGGUGCGGGCGGGGCGCAAGGAGAUUCGUCUGGCGACGGGGUGUUGCAGCCGGCGUACAGCGAGGCGAUGUGGCCGCCGAACUGCAGGCCACCGUCGCUGUCCAGGACUCCGGUGGCGGCGGCUCCUCCCGGUGGAGGAAACGAGAUCGUAUGGGGUGACAUCACGCCGCCGUCACCGUCAUCCAGCAGGGGGCGACACGCGGGGAGCGAGAUGAUGUGGCCGCCGCCACCGAACAGCAGAGCAGGGCGAUCGCCACCGCGAAGCGAGAUGAUGUGGCCGCCGAACGGGAGAGCGCCGUCGUCCAGGUCGCCACCGCCGCCUCCGGCGACUUUCUAGGAGAAGAAGCAGGCCGUAGUAGAGUCGUCGUAGUAAAGGUGUUGUCUCCCUCUCUUCCACUUUUGCUUGUUGCGGGGAUCGUGGGCCGAAGAUCGGCCCGAGCGAUCAGCCUGCCGAAUCGGGACAUGAAGCCCAUGCACGUUGGCCCGCUGCUGCGACGAGUUCGGAUCUUUUUUUAGUUUGUUAUUUUGUUAGCAUUAGUUAGCUUGUGGGUGGAUUGUUUUUUGUUUGUAGGGUAGAUGUGAUCACAUCAGGAAAAGAUCACCUUAAGUGAUUCUUGAUUAGGCUUAGACGGAAAUCAUCUUUCAUCGAAUCUUAGAAAUGUUUGUGUAGAAAUGUUUGUGGAGAAUCAUGGAUGUUAAUCGCAACUUAGUUCUUAGGGUUCUUGUUUGCCGGAGUGCUUCUAUAGACAUCUACUCUACAAACUAUCGAUUUCACUGAUCCUUCACUGAGAUUUCAUGUACCUAACUACAACAUUAAAUAUCAAAUUAUAGAACCACUUAUCAUCUCAGCCAAAACAACAGUAAGGCAGGAUUGAAGAAUGAAGAUGCAUCUCGCCGGCCAUUUUUCGAGCUGCAGACAAAAUCUUAAACAGACGCAUUCAUGCACGAGAGAUGGUAUCUUGUGAAACAUGUACAAUCUCUUCUGCUACACAUUCGUAUCGAUACAAGCAACACAGAGAGACACCUAAGAACAGUACUAAAUCGCCCCCAACCAGGACGUUUUAACCGCUCCUCCAAGGAAAUUAUAAAAUUCCAGAGGACCUCUUCUCGUUCCAAACGCCAAAACGAUACGAAAGGUUAACCAAUUACUAAUCUGAAUCCAUAACUCCAAAGGAGAAAGACAAGUUUAAGUUAAAACUAGCCCCUGAUCCAGGAGCUUCAGUUACCUACAAAUAAGGCUGUGGAGCAGCCAAGGAUAUAGGUGAUGUUGUUAUUCAUUUCUCAAGCGCCUUUCUUCUUUUGGCUUUUGGAUGCGGUAGGAAUGUCCUUCGUCAGCAUUCUCGGUGCUAUGGCCAUGGACAUGAGCUCUUGGAACAGGAGCUUACAUGCAUAUGGAAUGUGGACCUAGCAUUCACAACCAUGGACCGAAGUAAAGCAAGUCAGGGACAGCUUUGGCUAAAUGUUUAGUCAUGGAAACGAGAAGCAGGAUUUUGAACACGACACAGUAGUGUAAAUAAAGAUAACACCAGAAUCCAGAAUUGAGAUAAAGGCGGAGGGAGUGCAGCCAGUUAAUUGGAUGAGGUUCUUAGGCCGAGCAGUAAGAGUAAAUUGAGCACUAUGCUUCUGUAUGAAGUUUUGGGUGUUAUGGUUUGAUUGAAUUAAGAUUGUUGUUGAUC